AGGCCGACCCGAGGAACACUGCAGGAGACGUCCGCCAAGCUGGCCGUAACCGAGGAGACGCUGCAGGAGACAUCCGCCAAAUUGGCCGUCACCGAGGAGGCGCUGCAGGAGACAUCCGCCAAACUGGCCGACACCGAGGAGACGCUGCAGGAGACGUCCGCCAAGCUGGCCGACACCGAGGAGACGCUGCAGGAGACGUCCGCCAAGCUGGCCGACACCGAGGAGACGCUGCAGGAGACGUCCGCCAAGCUGGCCGACACCGAGGAGACGCUGCAGGAGACAUCCGCCAAGCUGGCUGACACCGAGGAGACGCUGCAGGAGACAUCCGCCAAGCUGGCCGACACCGAGGAAACACUGCAGGAGACAUCCGCCAAGCUGGCUGACACCGAGGAGACGCUGCAGGAGACAUCCGCCAAGCUGGCUGUCACCGAGGAAACACUGCAGGAGACCUCCGCCAAGCUGGCCGACACCGAGGAGACGCUGCAGGAGACGUCCGCCAAGCUGGCCGACACCGAGGAAACACUGCAGGAGACAUCUGCCAAGCUGGCCGACACCGAGGAGACGCUGCAGGAGACAUCCGCCAAGCUGGCCGACACCGAGGAGACGCUGCAGGAGACAUCCGCCAAGCUGGCCGACACCGAGGAGACGCUGCAGGAGACAUCCGCCAAACUGGCUGACACCGAGGACACGCUGCAGGAGACCACCGCCAAACUGGCCGACACCGAGGAAACACUGCAGGAGACAUCCGGGAAGCUGGCCGACACCGAGGAGACGCUGCAGGAGACAUCCGCCAAACUGGCCGACACCGAGGAAACACUGCAGGAGAUAUCCGGGAAGCUGGCCGACACCGAGGAGACGCUGCAGGAGACAUCCGCCAAGCUGGCCGACACCGAGGAGACGCUGCAGGAGACAUCCGCCAAACUGGCUGUCACCGAGGAGACGCUGCAGGAGACAUCCGCCAAACUGGCUGUCACCGAGGACACGCUGCAGGAGACAUCCGCCAAACUGGCUGUCACCGAGGAAACACUGCAGGAGACAUCCGCCAAACUGUCUGACACCGAGGACACGCUGCAGGAGACCACCGCCAAACUGGCCGACACCGAGGAGACGCUGCAGGAGACAUCCGCCAAACUGGCCGACACCGAGGAAACACUGCAGGAGAUAUCCGGGAAGCUGGCCGACACCGAGGAGACGCUGCAGGAGACAUCCGCCAAACUGGCCGACACCGAGGAGACGCUGCAGGAGACAUCCGCCAAACUGGCCGACACCGAGGAGACGCUGCAGGAGACGUCCGCCAAGCUGGCCGACACCGAGGAGACGCUGCAGGAGACGUCCGCCAAGCUGGCCGACACCGAGGAGACGCUGCAGGAGACGUCCGCCAAGCUGGCCGACACCGAGGAGACGCUGCAGGAGACGUCCGCCAAGCUGGCCGACACCGAGGAAACACUGCAGGAGACAUCCGCCAAGCUGGCUGACACCGAGGAGACGCUGCAGGAGACAUCCGCCAAACUGGCUGUCACCGAGGAAACACUGCAGGAGACAUCCGCCAAACUGGCUGACACCGAGGAAACACUGCAGGAGACAUCCACCAAACUGGCCGUCACCGAGGAAACACUGCAGGAGACAUCCGCCAAACUGGCCGUCACCGAGGAGACGCUGCAGGAGACGUCCGCCAAGCUGGCCGACACCGAGGAGACGCUGCAGGAGACGUCCGCCAAGCUGGCCGACACCGAGGAGACGCUGCAGGAGACGUCCGCCAAGCUGGCCGACACCGAGGAAACACUGCAGGAGACCACCGCCAAGCUGGCUGACACCGAGGAGACGCUGCAGGAGACAUCCGCCAAACUGGCCGACACCGAGGAAACACUGCAGGAGACGUCCGCCAAACUGGCCGACACCGAGGAAACACUGCAGGAGACAUCCGCCAAGCUGGCUGACACCGAGGAGACGCUGCAGGAGACAUCCGCCAAACUGGCCGACACCGAGGAGACACUGCAGGAGACGUCCGCCAAACUGGCCGACACCGAGGAAACACUGCAGGAGACAUCCGCCAAACUGGCCGACACCGAGGAGACGCUGCAGGAGACAUCCGCCAAACUGGCCGACACCGAGGAAACGCUGCAGGAGACAUCCGCCAAGCUGGCCGACACCGAGGAGACGCUGCAGGAGACAUCCGCCAAACUGGCCGACACCGAGGAGACGCUGCAGGAGACAUCCGCCAAGCUGGCCGACACCGAGGAGACACUGCAGGAGACAUCCGCCAAGCUGGCCGACACCGAGGAGACGCUGCAGGAGACAUCCGCCAAGCUGGCCGACACCGAGGAGACGCUGCAGGAGACAUCCGCCAAGCUGGCCGACACCGAGGAGACGCUGCAGGAGACAUCCGCCAAGCUGGCCGACACCGAGGAGACGCUGCAGGAGACAUCCGCCAAGCUGGCCGACACCGAGGAGACGCUGCAGGAGACAUCCGCCAAGCUGGCCGACACCGAGGAGACGCUGCAGGAGACAUCCGCCAAGCUGGCCGACACCGAGGAGACGCUGCAGGAGACAUCCGCCAAGCUGGCCGACACCGAGGAGACGCUGCAGGAGACAUCCGCCAAGCUGGCCGACACCGAGGAGACGCUGCAGGAGACAUCCGCCAAGCUGGCCGACACCGAGGAGACGCUGCAGGAGACAUCCGCCAAACUGGCCGACACCGAGGAGACGCUGCAGGAGACAUCCGCCAAACUGGCCGACACCGAGGAGACGCUGCAGGAGACAUCCGCCAAGCUGGCCGACACCGAGGAGACGCUGCAGGAGACGUCCGCCAAGCUGGCCGACACCGAGGAGACGCUGCAGGAGACGUCCGCCAAGCUGGCCGACACCGAGGAGACGCUGCAGGAGACAUCCGCCAAGCUGGCCGACACCGAGGAAACACUGCAGGAGACAUCCGCCAAGCUGGCUGACACCGAGGAGACGCUGCAGGAGACAUCCGCCAAACUGGCCGACACCGAGGAAACGCUGCAGGAGACAUCCGCCAAACUGGCUGACACCGAGGAAACACUGCAGGAGACAUCCACCAAACUGGCCGACACCGAGGAAACGCUGCAGGAGACAUCCGCCAAACUGGCUGACACCGAGGAAACACUGCAGGAGACAUCCGCGAAGCUGGCUGACACCGAGGAGACGCUGCAGGAGACAUCCGCCAAACUGGCCGACACUGAGGAGACGCUGCAGGAGACAUCCGCCAAGCUGGCCGACACCGAGGAGACGCUGCAGGAGACGUCCGCCAAGCUGGCCGUCACCGAGGAGACGCUGCAGGAGACAUCCGCCAAGCUGGCCGACACCGAGGAGACGCUGCAGGAGACGUCCGCCAAGCUGGCCGACACCGAGGAGACGCUGCAGGAGACAUCCGCCAAGCUGGCUCGACACCGAGGAGACGCUGCAGGAGACAUCCGCCAAGCUGGUGGACACCGAGGAAACACUGCAGGAGAUAUCCGGGAAGCUGGCCGACACCGAGGAAGCGCUGUCAUGGAGACGUCCGCCAAGCUGACGGACCCGAGCAGACGGUGCAGGAGACAUCCGCCAAACUGGCUGUCACCGAGGAGACGCUGCAGGAGACAUCCGCCAAACUGGCUGUCACCGAGGACACGCAGCAGGAGACAUCCGCCAAGCUGCGCGGUCACCGACGAGACUGCUGCAGGAGACGUCCGCCAAACUGGCCGACACGGAGGAAACAGGGCAGGAGACGUCCGCCAAGCUGGCCGACACCGAGGAGA